UCAACGGGCAUGAUUCAUUUUUCGAACUACUAUCCACGCAGCUAUCACCUGUACAAGUAUAUCAACCCGUCGUUAUAUUACCUUUUUGAUAUCUACCGCGAUCCAUCUAUUGCGGUAUUUGGUGCACCGGUCGACCUUUACCGCGGUAAUCCAAGGAUCUAUUAUAAGGUAUACGACAUCAACAGGGGGUACGGAAAUUCAGCCACUCUUCUCUCAGCGGUACAAGAAAGACUGUAUGCAUCUCUGUCACUUCCGGCAGGGUUAGAGUCAUUCCGGUUCAUCAAUGGAAUCAACUUCAUUUGCAAGGUCACGUGGCAAAAUGUGCAACCUCAGGGAUCGGUGCCAGGACAGGAGACUGUAACCUACCAAGCUAUUCUCUUCACUGACGGAAGAAGAAGUGGUGUUCUGAUGAUGUACCAGCAAGGCAGUUUCAGUUGGAAUCCAUUCUCUAAGUCAGUACCGGCUAGAAUCGGUGUCAGCACCAGGCAUGAUUGGUAUAACGUCUAUGAAAGAAACUCUCUAGCUGUAAUAUAUGAGAGCUAUCGUCCUGAUCUAAGAGUUGGCAACACUGGUCUUCUGGGCAGAGACAUCUACCGUCUUGAUUCAAACCCUGACUGGUACAUCAACCCGCGCCGAUACUGUCAAGAUUGGUACAGUGAUGAUCUGAGCAGGCCUUCAUGGACAUCCUGGGCAGAGCCAUGCCCCUGUACUCGGUGGCAGGCCCAGAUUGAUGGAAGGUUUACUCGCUGCAACUACCCUAUCUACGGCUACGGUUAUGGCUACGGUUAUGGCUAUGGUUAUGGCUACGGAUACGGCUAUGGUUAUGGCUACGGAUACGGUUACGGCUAUGGACUUCCUAGUUAUUAUUAUGGUGCUACAGUAGAGGGACUACCUGUUACCAGCCUCGAUGGCCCAGAUUUGGAGGUGGAUACAGAUGUACCUAUGAGUUCUCUGCUUUGA